CGAUAUGUGGUGGGCAAAAUUGUCCUCUCUCAUAGCUUUAGACAUGGCAAAGAAAAAAAAACUAAAUAGUUGAAAGUGCCAUAGAUCGACAGAAGCUCGGGAAUCGGUGGCGAAAUCUGGAUGCAUGUUUUAUGGAUGUCAAAGUGAAGGGCGUCACUUUCAUCGGUGGCAAAAUCUGAAAUUCCCCCAGGGGAGGACAGCAUACUCAGCGGCCGCGCCGAAAUCGACUUCCUACUUCCUCGGCAAUCUGGCGGCCGGUGCUCCCGGAACCGACAAGCACAAGGGAAGAGACCACCCCUCGCCGGAGAUGUCGCCGGGGACCUCGCCGCCGCCGACGGAGGCGUGGACGUGGGAGAACGCCGCGGCUGGAGCCACCGCCGGGUUCGCUAUCGUUGCGGCCCUCCAUCCCCUCGACGUCGUCCGCACCCGAUUCCAAGUGAGCGGCGGGAGGGGGUGGUCUGAGGUGCCGCCGUACAAGAACACGGCGCACGCCGUAUACACCAUCGCACGAUCUGAGGGUCUGAGAGGACUAUACGCGGGCUUUUAUCCUGCAGUUCUUGGAUCAACUGCUUCCUGGGGGCUAUAUUUCUUUUUUUAUAACAGAGCUAAACAAAGGUACUUACAGGGAAAGGAUGGCCAACUUCAUCCAGUCCACCAUCUUGUCUCAGCUGCAGAAGCAGGUGCUUUGGUAUCCUUGUUUACAAAUCCCAUAUGGCUGGUGAAAACAAGACUGCAACUACAAACACCUAAUCAUCAUACUUCACGAUACUCUGUUUUUUUUGAUGCUUUUAGGACUAUUCUGAAAGAGGAGGGAUUUCUUGCACUUUAUAGAGGGAUCGGACCUGGUCUUUUGCUGGUCACCCAUGGUGCGAUACAGUUCACAGCCUAUGAGGAACUUCGCAAAGCUAUGAUAUUUUUCAAAAGUACACAAACAAGGACAGAUAACAAAGGCGGCGAGGAGUCAUUGGUAAUAACAGAUGAAAUGUGUGCUCAGAAUUCCAUUGAUUUUGCGGCGCUUGGGGCUGCUUCAAAAGUAGCUGCUAUUCUAGUUACUUAUCCUUACCAGGUCAUCCGAGCCCGCUUGCAGCAACGGCCUUGCAGUGAUGGUACUCCGAAGUACACGAAUAGCUGGCAUGUAGUGAAGGAAACUGCAAGGUAUGAAGGUGUCCGUGGAUUUUACAGGGGCAUCACGUCCAACCUACUGAAGAACCUUCCAGCGGCUUCCCUAACGUUUGUGGUGUAUGAAAAUGUUAUCAAACUAUUCAAAGCAGCCAAACAGAGGACAUAGUUACCAACUUGAAUUCACGAGAAACAAAGAAGGGAACUAGGGAAGAAAGAGUACUGAUCUUGGUCCAACUCCUCAGAGUUCAUAGUAAUAUUCACAGUUCCCAUUUCAUGGUUGAGGCCAUGUCUCAUUCAUUUAGCAUCUCAGACUACAAAUCUGUAACAUUAGAGUCGUGAGUAACAUGGUUGCGGCAAAUUUUGUUGAGGAACUUGUAUUUUGUAGAGGAAAAACACUUCUUAGUUCUUCUGGAAGAAAUAAUUCAUUGCUAA